AUGUCUCUUAAAUCAGCGACAUCUGAUCUAGUGACAGACACGGCUGAUAUCAACACAACUUUAAUGACUCUACGCAAGCCUACGGAGUUGAAGAAAGUGAUCGACUCCGUACCGAAACCAAUACGAGCCGUACCUAAAAACGGUCUGCCAGUGUGGUACAGACUGGGGCUGGAGUCCAAACUGCCAGUCCCUAAGAUGCCUGCGGGAAAAAUUGUGUUCUCGCGCGGCAAGAUCGGAGAGGACGUACGUCGCGUAGGCUUAGGAGGCGACGGCCCGUCGCCAACAUUCGACCUCACGGACCCGUACUGCAACAAUGUCUCGUACGACUACGUGCCGAUGCAUGACCCACAUUUGGCCCAUCACUUCGCCCAGAAGCCCGCGAGGAACAGGAUGAAACAUCUGGGCUACGUCACCAAGGACGGACGAGCGGUGUGCUCAUUGAAAGAGUUCAACCAAUACAGAAAGUAUCUGUACAAUCAAUUCAUGGACAGGAUUCAUGUGGCGAUGAAGAAUUUGGACGAGCGGGCUCGUGACGACUUGACUCUCAAACGAGUAGAGGUAGACGUAGCACGGAGACUGCAGGUGUUCACGAAGGCCGAACGAGCAAGAGAACACAUGGAGAAGGUUGCCAAGGAGAACGCUGACGAAUGGGCUGAGAAAAGGAGAUUGGCAAAAGAACAAGAGAAGAAAAUCCAAGAGAGAAUGAAGUAUCUAGCCGAAUUCAAUGAAACACAGCGCAAAGAGAGAGCAGCCAAAGCGUAUGAGAAACAAAACCGCAUCAAACAAAGAGUGCAGGCCGCAGCAGAGAUGGAGCUCAGAAGGAAAAUCACCAUGAUACGACAGUGGAGAACUAAUGAGAAGAAGAGGCUUAAUCGAGUGAAACAGGAUAGAGAAGCAAAGCAGAAGCGGAAAGAAAAUGAUGCAAAUAAUAAAUGGAGGGCUCGCGUGGAGGCCCAAAACCAAAAAAUACAACAGGAAGCUGUUCUAUUGAAAAUUUACACAGAUGACAUGAAAGCUGCAGCUGCAAGAAGGAACAAGAAAGCAGAAAUAUAUGCGUACACCACCGAUCUAGAGUUACAACGCAUCAGGCUUGCGAACUUCAAGUUAAUGCACGGCGGCACUGCGAAAGCUGCAAAACUGGUGCGGAAAAUGGGAGUUGAAUUUGAAAAAUCUAAACGAGGUGCGAAAGGCAUGUGCAUCGAGCUGGCCCAGCGUCUGGCGUCGGAGGCGAUGACGAUGUCAAUGUCGACACCAGGGGAGCCGCUGAUGAUGCUGGGACAGGCUCGCACGCGAAUGGACGUGGAGACUGUUCUGCCGAGUGCUCCAAUAAAAAUACUAGAUGAGAUACUGGAGGCAUCGAUAAGGGAAUUUGCUCGGAGGCGCAUACAUCUACUGUUGCGAGACAUCCAACGUUUGGUGCGUUCGAAGGCUGCAGCUGAAUUCUUCCAGAACAUUCGACCUUCCUUUCCCAAGAAACGGGGCUCAAAGCAGCCGCGCUGGGCUCAGCAAGUGGCGUCAGAGAUGAUUGCGCACGGCCUGGGCGAUAUGGGCAGAGGAUCCAUCACCUUCGGAGCCGUCCAGGACAUCCCGGCUGACACCGUCGCUGAGACGGAGAUGAAGAGCGUUAGAGACAGACCACCGACACCUGUGCCAUCUAAGACACAACUAGCGGAAAUUACGUUCAUCGACCGUAUUGAGGAUUUACCUGAUCCAGUGUCACAGCCUAGCUGCUUACCUGAGAGAAUGAAACUGCUUGAGAUGGUGAAUGCCGCAGCCAAACUGAUGUCGCGUACUGUAAACCAGCGAGUUCAUGCCGGCAUGGACCUGACAAUAGGCACGGUGACACUGCCACACAUGAGGCAUCCAAUGGAAUGGGGCGAAGCAGUGGAAGCGCUGGCCUCAGCCGUCAUUGAUAACAUGGUGCAGCGAGACAACGCGGAUGUACGACGCGUCAGCGAGUUUCUGGUGCACCGGAUACUGAGGUCGUUGCUGAUCGAGAUGAAAGAGGAGAAAAUGAAGAAGAAGAUGAGAACUUCGUCUGAAGAGAAGACGGAUUUUUAUGUUCCAAAUAAAGUUUCAGCGGGUUAACUAUAUUUUUUAUUUUUUUAUAAUUUGCUUACUGCAUUUUGUAACUAUUGUUUUAAAGUCAAUAUACCUAUUGUCAA